AUGGCGUCGCCUCGUACCUUGCCCCGCGAGGUCGACACGCUCAUUGUUGGGAACGGACCUUCUGCGCUGAUACUGUCGUACAUACUGCACGGUCACAUACCCGUAUACGACGUUGAAAAUCCGCAUCCGGACAGCAUACUUCACGAGAAGCUUAGGCACACGUCCAACCUCGUCGACCUCGACGUUGACCAUUUUACGGAGCAUUUCCUUGCCUCAAGGUACUCGUACUCGACACAGGCACUGCCCGUCAAUGUGUUGCUUGACGCGCUUAUAAGACCAUAUGGCGAGAGUGAGGGCACUGCCUCCUGUGUGAAGUGGGAGUACGAUCCGAGUAGAGCCGUCAGUCAUGCAAUCGUUGGCGACACGCACGAUGCUGGCGGCCAAUGGGUCGACAAUCCGGUCCAGGCUAGCUGGGAUAUUGGGACUCUGAGCUAUGCCGGCAUGCUGUCACUACCUGGAUACACCUUCGCAGAGCACUACGAGAACCACCAUGGCGAGCCGCUGCCGUUCUACAUGCGGCCGACUAGGAGAGAAGUAGCAGGCUACUUCGCAGCAUAUCCGAGUCAAGCAGGCAUAUCCGACAGCGUCUACAACGAUGUUCGGCUGUCUGACAUAUCCAGGACAGAGGACGGAUUCUUUGUUCAGUCUCAUGGACUGAAAUGCCGGCAUCUGGUGUUAGCUACGGGCAUCUUCUCCGAGUUGAUCCCGCCUCGACCUCUCUUACAGCCUCUGAAGGUCCUGCCACCCCUGCCACCGACGCCGACUAAGCUGCCGCUACUGGUCAUAGGUUCCGGCUUCAGUGCAGCAGACAUCAUCAUCUCUUCGAGUCCGGCUCAGAAGCUGAUGCAUAUCUUCAAGUGGGACCCUGCACACAGACCUUCACCAUUGCGCGCUUGUCAUGCGGAUUCCUACCCUGAAUACGCUGGGGUCUACAAGCGUAUGAAGUUGGCGGCACUGUCGCCGAAGGCCUCACGCGACAGGAGGCCAAAGCCUCACAGGACCAGAUCUACAACUUUCGAUCUGAACCGAAAUUGGGACCAAACCUACGAAGGGCUUCCAAAUACUGAGAUCAUUGCUGUUGAUGUGUCUGACUGUGGUUCCGAAGCUACGCUCAAACUGCGCAAUAGUGCUGGCGAGGUCCACGAGCGGCACAUAUCAGCCAUGGCAUAUGUUGUUGGCAGACGAGGCAGUCUGGACUAUCUGUCUCGAGAUUUGAAAUCAGAACUGGUUCCGGAGCUUUCACAAAGCGGCGACUUGAGUUUGAUAACAGGUCAGACGUUACGCGAGAAAGCCAAUGAAGAUAUGGAGGUCGCUCCCGACGUCUUUAUUAUUGGCAGUCUGACGGGUGAUUCGCUCAUUCGCUUCUCGUACGGGAGCUGUGCGCACACGGCAGGCAAGAUCAUGAGCAGAAGCAACGCAGUGGAGUCUCAUGGUAACUUGAACGGCACGGCUAUUCUGGCUAACGGCAACAAACCCAGUCCGAAGAAGAGUGUCAGAGACAGUCCUCGCGUUCCGGCGAUGAAUGGUUUUGAUGGCCAUACUACUUACGCCAGGAGGUUGUCCGAGCAAGACCUUGAGCAUAUUUCCACUAGAUGA